AUGAGUUCCGUAGUUGGCCUAUUAGGUGCAGUUAUUGUUGUUGGGAUUUGGUGGUCAAAUAUUCGAUAUGAUUUCCCUUUUUGGCAAAAUGAUAACGAUGAAGCCUAUAAUUUAUACAUUGUUGUACUUUGUGGAUGGAUAUUCCCGAUCAUUUCAUUUAUUGCAGCAACUCUUAACAGAUUCUUAGUAAAAUGCAAAUUAAAUUUCUUAGCAAGUUUAUUUAUGACACUUAGCCUUCUUGCUGGCAUUGGCGAAGUUGUCGAUUUAAUUAUGGUUAUUGUUAUGUCUGAACCUAAGUAUUGCAAGAUAAUUCAAGAGAAAACGACAUACCCCGGAAAUGAAACAGAGAAAUACAAGAAAUGGUAUGAAGGCAAAACCAAAAAAAUGAAUCCAGGGCAGAUUGCUAAAUUUGAUUCGAAUCUUAGAAAUUAUAGAUGCGAUACUCCAAACUUAUACGUUACUAUCUUCCUGUCAGUAUGUGCGGGAGCAAUUAUGCUGUCAUUUAUUAUUGUUAUUACUGCAAAGAGAUGCGCUGAAAGAAAUAACCCUGAACUUGAGUCAGUUUCUGAUAACACUAGGUUCCUUCUCAGCCAAGCAUAA